CUAGACAGCUGAAAUGAACAGUAUCGGGUUUGUGGUUGAUAUAAAUCCUGCACUGUAAAUAUCACAACAACCAUAACUUGACAACAUAUUGCUACGAUCACUUCCAAAAUGGAAGCGCUUUUCACAACUCCUUCCACGUCUGUUCUCAAAUUUCAGGGCCCUGAAUUGACUAGAAGCAAGUUUAGUAAGAAAUUUUCACACACUAUUUUGGCAUCACCUACGCUGCCUAAACCAUUUCUUCAGAUAUAUGGUAGACCUCAGACAUUGAUUUAUACGUCAACCAGACUCUCUUCUGGAUCAUAUAGAGCGACCAUAUCAGCUGAAGCUGGAAGACAAAAUUGGGAUUUUGGAAGAUUUGUGAAAACACUGUACUUCUUCAAUGGGUUCCCUUCUCCUGCUAAGUUCUUUGACUUUCUAGUUGAGAAACUAUCCGCAUCUAGUCCUUCCCCUACUGAAUUGGUUAACUCCAUGGGAACUUCUGAUCUGGUCCUGGUAGCCGGAGCUACUGGUGGCGUUGGUCGAAGAGUGGUUGAUAUAUUGCGGAAGAAAGGAAUUCCAGUCCGAGUAUUGGUUAGAAAUGAAGAGAAAGCAAGAAGAAUGUUAGGCUCAGAUGUUGAUUUGGUUGUAGGAGACAUUACAAAAGAUAGCACUUUGAUCCCUGAAUACUUUAAAGGUGUGAAGAAAGUGAUUAAUGCUGCUUCUGUCAUUGUUGGCCCUAAGGAAGGAGAUACUCCAGACAGAGCAAAAUACAGCCAAGGAAUUAAGUUCUUUGAGCCAGAGAUAAAAGGUGAUUCACCCGAAAAGGUAGAGUACAUAGGAAUGAGAAAUUUGAUCAAGGCUGUGAAGGAUAACCUUGGACUUCGAGGAGGAAAGCUAUUAUUUGGAUUUGAAGACAAUAAUUACAGGCAGAUUCCUUGGGGUGCUUUAGAUGACGUGGUAAUGGGGGGAGUUAGUGAAAGUAAUUUUCAAAUAGACCCAAGUGGAGCUGAAAAUGGUGGACCAACUGGAGUUUUUAAAGGCGUUGUUUCAACGGCAAACAAUGGUGGCUUUACAAGUAUCCGAACUAAGAAUUUCUCAGAACCUGAAAAUCUUUCUGCAUAUGAUGGUUUGGAGUUCCGUCUAAAAGGUGAUGGGCGUAGAUAUAAACUCAUUGUUCGCACGAGCAGUGAUUGGGACACUGUUGGUUACACUGCAAGCUUUGUCACUGAGAAAGGCAAAUGGCAAUCGAUUCGAGUGCCAUUUUCUUCCUUGAGGCCUGUAUUUCGAGCAAGAACCAUGACUGAUGCUCCACCGUUUGAUCCAAGCAUUGUUAUAUCAUUACAGCUCAUGUUCAGCAAGUUUGAGUAUGAUGGUAAAUUAAAUGAAACUUUUGUGGAGGGUCCAUUUGAGCUUCCAGUAUCUACUAUACGGGCAUAUAUAAAGGAUCCAAUUGUGCCUAGGUUUGUACAUGUGAGCUCAGCAGGAGUUACCAGACCUGAAAGGCCUGGACUUGAUCUUAGUAAACAGCCUCCUGCCGUUCGAUUAAACAAGGAACUGGAGUAUAUCCUCACAUUUAAACUAAAGGGCGAAGAUUUACUUAGAGAAAGUGGCAUUCCCUAUGUGAUUGUGAGGCCAUGUGCAUUAACUGAGGAGCCUGCUGGUGCCGAUCUUAUUUUUGAUCAAGGAGAUAAUAUCACGGGUAAAAUAUCAAGGGAAGAGAUUGCUCGCAUUUGUGUAGCGGCACUUGAUAGCCCUUAUGUAUGUGACAAAACAUUUGAGGUCAAAAGUGUCAUUCCAUUUAGUGAGCCAUUUACUGUGGAUCCAGCAAACCCUCCUCCAGAAAAGGACUAUGACAUAUACUUUAAAAAUUUAGGAGAAGGCAUUACAGGGAAGGAAGCUCUCCAACAAAAUCCUGUUUCUGUUUAGUGUUUGGCAUGUCGUGCAUUUGUGCUAUGAAUAUUGCAGAUGUUAGUACGUUGAGAGCUAUACAGUCUGUGAUCAAAAGAGAUAUAAAGUUGACAAAAAUCUGUGAUACCUUUUAAACCAAGUUAGAUAUACCUUUACCUUAUAAGAUCCAUGUAUAUUCUGUCUCCAAACAUGGGUCCUUUUCCUCACUUGUUGUAGCAAAUUGGAAAAUAAUUUUUAUAUUCAAACAGUAAGAAGAUAGAAUUAUCGUUUUCCUGUUACA